UCUGAAGACUGAAGAGUAGUAACUCCUUAGAGAAAAGCAUUUAGAGAGAGAGGGGGCCAAAGAUAAAUAGAAGAAGAUCAUGGGUUUGAUUUCAAACAGGGUACCUUUCAAGAAGAUGCUCAAAAAAGGAGAUCAUAUUUACAGCUAUAGAAAUGCUCACUCUUAUUCCCACCACGGAAUAUUUGUGGAAGAAGAUACAGUGAUCCACUUCACAAGAACAGACGAAGAACCUGACUUGAAACCAGAACCCAAAUGUAGAAUCUGCGGCUACAAUCCGAGCGCGCAACGAGGAGUUGUGAAAACUUGUCUCAAAUGCUUCCUGGACGGUCACAGUCUCUUUCGCUACGAAUACGAAGUUUCCAAAUCUCGCUUCGUUGUGCAAACAGCAGGAGCAUGCAGCACAGGGACAGCUGACAAGCCUGACGUGGUUAUCAAACGGGCCACUGAGAUGUGGGAAACCAAUGGUUUCGGAAAGUAUGUCCUUUUGGAGAAUAACUGCGAGACCUUCGCGGUUUACUGCAAGACAGGCAACAAAGCAAGCAUGCAGGCUGUCUCUCUGAAAGCUUCCGGCGAGAUUGCUUCGAAAAACUUGACGGAGAAAUCGUUUUCUAUAAUGAAUGUUGCUAAGACUGGGAUCAAAGUGUUGGCGCUGGAGAGGAAGUUGGACACCUUGCUUGAAGAUUUAUCGGUGCAUGAUAAUAAUCUGCAGAAGGGGAAGGAGGUGGUUGCAGCAGUGGAGGGUAAUUAUGAUGAGAUUGAGUGCAAGAAUGAGAGCAAGGAUAUUGGCCAAGGAGAAGAACUACUUACCACUACUCCUUGAUAUA